GUCCCGGCUCCGUGAAGAGGGCGAAAUAAAGGCCUGGGGCUGGGGGUUAGAACCGGAGAACGCAAGUCACCGAGCGGCUGCUGGAAGGCUUUUUUUCCUGUUGAACGAUGGCUGCUGCUAACCUGUCAGUGCUCGUGGAGGAGCUGGAGAACGUCUCCUGCGAGCUUCAGGCCGUAGAGCUCCAGAUCCAAGAGCUUCUCGAGAUGCAGCAGGAACUCCUUCAAAGAAAAAGCUUCCUGAAGAAAAAGAUCCAGACGCUGUCCGAGGAUCCGGAUCCGGGCCCCAGCGCGGGGGCCGAGUCCGCGGCGGAGAGCUGGAAUAAACAAGACUUUCCCUGGUCGCAGAAAAUUGAAGACGUUCUGCAGAAAAACUUCCACCUCAAAACCUUCAGGUCUCUGCAGCUGGAAACCAUAAACGCCACCAUGGCCAACAGAGACGUGUUUCUCAUCAUGCCGACCGGCGGCGGGAAGAGCCUGUGCUACCAGUUACCGGCAGUGUGCUCCGAGGGCUUCACCCUGGUGAUCUGCCCCCUGGUGUCCCUGAUGGAGGAUCAGCUCAUGGUGCUGGAGCGCCUGGGACUUCCCGCAACCUCAAUAAACGCGUCCAGCAGUAAGGAACACGUGAAAUGGGUCCACAACGAAAUGGUCAACAAAAAAUCUCAACUGAAGCUUCUUUACGUCACUCCUGAGAAAAUCGCCAAAAGCAAGUUAUUCAUGUCUCGGCUGGAAAAGGCCUACCACGCCGGGCGGCUGGCACGUGUCGCGGUGGACGAGGUUCACUGCUGCAGUCAGUGGGGACACGACUUCCGGCCGGACUACAAGACCUUGGGGAUCCUGAAGCGCCAGUUCCCCCAAACUCCGCUGAUCGGGCUGACAGCCACGGCCACCAGCCACGUCUUACAGGACGGCCAGAAGAUUCUGUGUGUCCAGAAGCCGAUCACGUUCACGGCGUCUUUCAACAGACCCAACCUGUUUUAUGAGGUUCGCCUGAAACCCUCACAUUCUAAUGAUUUCCUCGAAGAUGUCGUUAAACUGAUCAACGGCCGAUACAAAGGCCAGUCCGGAAUUAUUUACUGCUUCUCUCAGAAGGAUUCAGAGCAUGUAACGAUGAGUUUGCAGAAACUCGGCGUCCGUGCCGGGGCUUAUCACGCCAACAUGGAGCCAGGGGAUAAAACCAACGUGCACACGCAGUGGACCGAGAACAAAAUCCAGGUGGUUGUUGCGACGGUGGCCUUUGGAAUGGGGAUCGAUAAACCCAACGUCCGCUUUGUAAUUCACCAUUCAAUGAGCAAAUCGAUGGAGAAUUACUACCAAGAAAGCGGACGCGCAGGUCGAGACGACCAGCGAGCCGACUGCAUCUUAUAUUACGGAUUCGGGGAUAUUUUUCGAAUUAGUUCCAUGGUUGUCAUGGAAAAUGUCGGCCAACAGAAACUUUACGGCAUGGUGGAAUAUUGUCAGAAUUUAAAUCGAUGCAGACGUGUGCUCAUCGCUCAACAUUUUGAUGAAGUUUGGGACUCUGCAAAGUGCAAUGAAAUGUGCGACAACUGCAAUAACCACAAGAUUUAUGAGAAUGUGGAUAUAACAGAUCACAGCAGAGACAUCCUGAAAAUACUGGAUCAGGCGCAGAAGAUGAAUGAAAAGCUGACGCCGCUGAAACUCAUCGAUGCCUGGAUGGGGAAGGGAGCCUCAAAACUGCGCGUGUCGGGUGUGCAGCCCCCAAAACUUCCUCGAGACCAGAUAGAAAGAAUUAUCGCUCAUCUCCUCCUCCAGAAGUACAUCAAGGAGGACUUCAGCUUUACAGCCUAUGCCACUAUAUCGUACGUAAAAGUUGGACCAAAAGCCGCUUUACUCAGGAACGAAAAGCGUGAGAUUAUCAUCCAAAUGAGGACCACGAAAAAUCCCACCGCCAAGGUCCAAAGCCGUGCAUACUCCAGUUCCGAAGCAUCUGAUGUAAAUACAGAGACCGCAAGUCAGGCCACGGUCCGGAAGUCAGUGGCUACAAAAGUUCACUCUGACCGCAAGCGGCCACCAGCAUCAACUGCUCCGGGGGCCAAAAAGAGCCGGAUCUCAAAGAAUGACUCUGUUAUAAUAGACUAAAGCAGGAACUUCCUUUUCCUGAAUACG